CGGCGGCCCCGGAGCGGCCCCGGAGCGGCGGCCCCGCGAUGGCGGCGGCGGCGGCGGCGGCGGCGGCCCGGGAGCGGCGGCGGGAGCAGCUGCGGCGCUGGGAGGAGGCGGCGGCGGCGGCUCCGGCCCCGCGGGAGGAGCGGCCGGGCCCGGCCCGGGUCCGCUUCGAGCGGCAGGCCGAGUUCCGCGCCGUGUGCGCAGGCGCAGAGCUGGCCGAGGCGCGCGCCAUGGUGAUGGCGCCUGAGGGCGGCGGGCGCGCGCUGCUGGGCGGGGCCAACGCGGACGGGAUCAGCGCGCUCCACCAGGCCUGCAUCGACGAGAACAUGGAGGUCGUGCAGUUCCUGGUGGAGAGCGGCGCCGACGUCAACCAGGCCGACAACGAGGGCUGGACCCCCCUGCACGUGGCUGCUGCCUGCGGCUGCCGGCACAUCGCCCAGUACCUGCUGGAUCACGGUGCCGAUGCCGCCGCUGUCACCAGUGACCUGGAGCUGCCGCUGGAGGUGGCCGAGGACGAGGCCCUGGAGGAGCUGCUGAGGGCGGAGCUGCAGCGCAGGGGUGUGGAUGUCACGGCAGCCAAGCGCGCCGAAGAGGAGCGGAUGCUGCGGGACACGCGGCUCUGGUUGGACUCGGGGCAGCUCCGGGAUUGUCCCCACCCGGCCACCGGGGCCAGCGCCCUGCACGUGGCGGCGGCCAAGGGCUACAUCGAGGUCAUGAGGCUGCUGCUGGCCGCGGGCUACGACCCCGACGUGCGGGACAAGGACGGGUGGACGCCGCUGCACGCGGCCGCGCACUGGGGCGUGGAGGAGGCGUGUCGGCUGCUGUGCGAGCACCUGUGCGACAUGAGCCCCCAAAAUAACGUGGGGCAGCGUCCCUGUGACCUGGCGGACGAGGAGACCCUGCCCCUGCUGGAGGAGCUGCAGCGGCGCCAGCACCACCUCCGCAGCCAGAAGGACCCGGGGGCCCCUCCCCCACCCCCGGCACCGGAACCUUCCGGAGCCCCCCCGGCCGUGGGGGGGGGCAGGCACCGACGGAGCUCGGUGUGCCGCCGCAGCUCCCGGGAGAAGCUGGGACCCCUAAAAUCCCCGUUUUUACCCCGUUUUUACCCCGUUUUUUGUCAUUUUUUCACCGUUUUUUCCCCGAAUUUCGGGUUUUUUCCCAAAAUCCCAGUUUUUCACCCCAAAUCUGGUUUUUCUCCCCCAGGAGCUCGGAGCUCGGUGUGCCGCCGCAGCUCCCGGGAGAAGCUCUCGCUGCAGGCCCGGGACAGGGUGGGGGAGGGGGCGCUGCCCCCCUCCCCUUACCCCUCCUCCCCCCGGGUGGGGGAGGGGAAGCCGAGAGCGACGAGGGGGGGGGGCAGCGACGGGGAGCCCCCCCCGGGGGACCCCCCCGAGGCUCCGCCCCCCAACGGCCCCUCCCCCCCUCUGCCGGCCCCGCCCCCCGUGCGCCGCUCCUCUUCCUCCCCGCGCCUGCAGGCCCCGCCCACGGGACCCCCCCGGGACCCCCCCGAGCAGCGGCUGCGCAGGCCGUUCCAGCCCCCCAAAGCCCGGGAUGAGGAGUCGGAGUCGCAGCGCAAGGCCCGGAGCCGCCUGAUGCGCCAGGCACGGAGAGCCACGCAGGGCGUGACCCUGACGGAGCUGAGGGCAGCGGAGCAGGGGAUUGGCCGAGCCGCCGAGGGGCGUGGCCAGGAGCAGCCAAUCAGGGACGAGGGGAGGCGGGACCCGGCCGACCCCCCGCGGCUCCCCGCCCCCCCCGCCCCCCCCCGCGCAGGUGACCAAAGGGCCGGAGCCGCCGCAGCCCCCGGGGGGGGCGGAGCCUGUCCCAGGGCUCAGAGAGCGACGGGCCCGAGGACGCCCCUCCCCCACCCCAGUGGCAGCCCCCUCCCCCCCCCUCAACCCCCUCCCCUCCCCCACAGCCGCGCCCCCGCUCCCCCCAACGGGCUCCGCCCCCCCCCAGCCCCGCCCUUCGAUUACCAGCAGCUGUUCCAGGAGCUGUGGGAGGAGAACGAGCGGAUCCGGGAGCAGCUGCAGGAGGCGGAGCUGGCGCUGACCCAGAGCCGGCUGGAGCUGGAGAGGGUCACUCAGCGGCAGGAGCGCAGCGCCGAGCGGCCGGCACGGCUGGAGCUGGAGAGAUUCGAGCGCCGGGCGCUGGAGCUGAAGGCGGCUGAGCUGGAGGAGGAGCUGAAGGCCCUGUCGGACCUUCGGGCCGACAACCAGCGGCUCAAGGACGAGAACGCGGCGCUCAUCAGGGUCAUCAGCAAACUCUCCAAGUGACCCCAAAUCCGCCAAAAUCCGCCCCAAAAUCCGCCCAAAUCCACCCAAAAUCCGCCCCAAAAUCCCCCGCCCCGCGGGGGCGGAGCCAAACGCGCCGGGGGCGUGGCCGGAAGGAAUGGGCGGAGCCGCUGCCAAAGGGGGCGUGGCCAAAGCCGCGGGGGGCGGAGCCGAUUUCAUUGCACUGAGGUGGAAGCUGCCAAAGGGGGCGUGGCCAAGCCAAGGGGGGCGUGGUCUGUGAGCGCCAGGCCCCGCCCCCACCUCUCCCCGCAUGCCAAUCACGCGCCGUUCGUCCAAUCAGAGCGCGGGGGGCGGGGCCGCCUCGAGCCCCGCCCACCCCGUCCCUCCCCCCCUCC